UCAGGGCGGGGUUUGCGCAGUUGAUCACCGCACAGGUGUAAGAGUGUGGAAAUGUGCGUGCUGAAGAACAAGUUGUUUGAGCUACUCUGCGCCGUUACUUGGGCUCGGUUCUUGACUCUGCUCUGGGAUGGAUCGCCGCUUCGUGGGGAACUGCCCGCCGUUAUUCUUCCUCGCCCUCAUUUUUGACGUUAUUGGUCUGAUCGUACUGUUGGUCGGGAUUUUCGGAAACCUUAAGCUGGACGGCCGCUUCUAUGGAGAUUUCCUCAUCUACACGGGCUCACUCAUCAUUUUUCUCAGCUUAGUGUGGUGGGUACUGUGGUACACGGGAAACGUACAGCUUUACUCGGCUGACAGGACAAACUCCAUCAACUUAAGGUACUGGGCCAGGAAACUGUCCGAGAGGCUGUCCGUGAGCGGCAAGAAGCCCAUGGAAGCAGAUGACUUCAAGAAGAAAAGCAUGGGGAACGGGAAAGAGAUGAGCGGCACUGUGCGUGCGUCUGCGCCGCCUCGGGUUAUGUGGGAAGGUGGCAACUUAGUCUUGUCCGGCCAUGACAACAAAGGCUUUGAUGGAGGGACUGAGUGCGCAUCCCUAGCAUACAAAAACAUGGAGCUGGGGGUGCUGAGGAGCUCAGAUGUGGGUCUGCAGGCACAGGAUUGCAAACCAGAGAGGCUGCUCUGACAGAUCAUGGUGAUGACCGACUUUCCUGUUGUUUUGAAGGGUGGUUCUCACUCCUUCACCGUGCCUGAGCCACGUUCCAAAAACUCCAACAAACUGAAAAACCUGAGCUGAUGUCAUUUUUAAAAAAUAUAUUAUUAAAUAGGGGAGACAGUUUCUUAAUCAGGGAAGAGCCCCACAUCCACAUUAAGGAGACGGGCUGUGCACAUUGGAAGAAAAAGUCUUGGACAUAGUCUUUUUUUUUUUUUUUUUUUUUUGUGCACUGUUUUCAUGACAGAUGUCAAUUAUUUUUUUCAAUAAAGUGUAUUUGAAUGUAGUCAUUGCCUGAUUAUCUUCAUGGAUGACUGCUUAUGUCUGAUGCUCUCCUUUUUUUGAGUUCACCUUCUGUUCUGUAUGUCUAUUUUUUUUUUUCUCUCAUCAUUGUUGGACGCUGCCUGGUGUUUUUCUUUGUUGCUGUCUUCCUGGAUGCAGUAGGCUUUGUCCUCUUCUUCUUUGGUAUUUUCACUCCCCUCGACUUCUGGGAUUUCUUUGUCUUCUCUGGGCCACUCCUCAUGUGCUAGAGGAGUGGCACACAGCACCUCAGCCUGGUGUUGUGGAUCUUCUGGUAUCUUGGAAACCUAGAGGUACCAGUGGAAGACCUAUUACAUCACUGAGAUUCUCCAUUUGUGUCAUAAUUAGAAGCACAAAGCAGAUUUCUGGAUGGUGAUGUUGGACCAUGGAAUCGGCGCUGAAGCUUCAGGUGCAGAUCUUCACAUUUAAAGCAUUAUGUAGUCGAGAAUAAUUUUCCUUUAAUAAACAUCUCUAUAUUCUGUAGGGUGAAAAUUCUGAGCUUCAUCACAAUCUGAUAGGUGGAUAUUUGAUUCACCAACAAAAGAGAUGGAACCUUGACCUGAAAUGCUCCCUGUAUGCUGAGCACCUUAAACUCAGCAGCUGCACAUCAGCAUGUAAGACAUUCCCAAAGUAACAUUAGCAAGAGAGAAGAGACUAAAAGAAAAGUGCAAAUCACAAUGCUGUAUGCUUUAUUGUUGUGGUUGGUUAAUACUUCCUUGUGUUGCUUGUUUUACUUUACCUAACUUUGUUCUCAUUUUGUUUCUUGUCAUUUUGCAUGUUUGUUUGUUUUUUAGGGGUUUUUUACGCUGUUUGGUUUCUUACAUUAAGACAGUGACAUGGUAACUUCUUAUCACCUUCUGAUCAGGGACAUGUCCAGAGGGGGAUCACUUCGGUCCCCCACCCUCAAUCCAGCCCCAAUACCAGCAGGCUUAAACUACUACCGACGAACAACUAGCAGCCAGUGUCAGAAUGUACUUUACUGAAAUAUAGUUAUAAUGUACUUCAGCUUUAUUUUUGUG